AUGUUCCGAUGGUACCGCAAGUCGACUGUGUGCUUAGCCCUCCUGUCUGAUGUGGACAAAUCCGACUUCGUCUCCGACCAAGAGCUGCAGAGUCACGUCCCAUCAUCCUGCCGAUGGUUCACCCGAGGUUGGACCCUGCAGGAGCUUCUGGCGCCCGACAAGUUGCUCUUCUUCGAUGUCAACUGGAUAGAACUGGGCUCGCGUUCCAAGUGGGCGAGACACAUCUCGAAAGCUACUGGUAUCGAUGUCAGGUUUCUUCUAGGCAUCGAGCGGGAUCCUUUCGAAAGUUGGGACCUUGAGGCCGUCCUUAGAGACACCAGCGUUGCAACCAAGAUGUCGUGGGCCGCCGGCAGGCAGACAACAAGAGUCGAGGAUCAAGCAUACUGCUUGCUCGGCUUGUUCGAUAUACAUAUGCCAAUGCUGUACGGCGAGGGAAGAAAGGCUCUCCGACUUCUCGAAUAUCCUCACUAUCCAAACUGUGCUUAUACUGAUGUAACCACUGGUCCCAGAGGUGGACUACUGGUUGGAAGCCAACUUUCCAGAGAUAUUAGCGGCCAUAAUGCUGGUGGCCGGCCAAGAUCCCUCCUUGCAACCUCACCACGAGAUUUCAGGUUCGCAGGAAGCCUUGAGCCUUGCGGCAUACCGGGACACAAGAGACCAGCUUUUGCCAUGAGUCAGCGUGGACUGGAAAUCAGUCUGCCAAUAUUCAAAGACGAGUCGCAUCAUCACAUCGUCUAUGGUCUGCUAGCCUGCAGUCCCAAGGUGAAAACGGGAGGAUCCUACCUAGUUGCAGUCCCGUCGAUCCGCUUAUCCGUCAUAGAUGUGGCGUCAGCAGGCCACGAUGACGACAUGUACUUUACGCUUCUGCGUGAUAGCUGUCCAGAUAACUCAAAAUCUGGUGCACCAUUCCACAUCUGUCCCGGGGAAGCGAACUUAAACAACUCAGAUUGGUGGUCGUACCACCUCACUCGGCCUUCCCCCCCGUCUCGCGUGUUGUCAGGCGCUGCACAUCCUUGGGACAAGAUUAUCCUUAAGAGGGUCCAAUACGCCCCAGACACCACCAUUGCAGCUGCCGUCCUAAACCUCGAUCUAUAUCCUCUGCAUCCUAAUAGGCCGUCUCAAAGACGAAUCCUUCUAGUUGUUUCCACCGAUCUUUCUUGCCGAGUGAGAAAGUUAGCGUUCGGCAAGGAAGUCAACUUGCGAACACUUAUGACAAUUGCCUCACAACCAGACCUGGUGGGUCCUAAGCUAGAGUCCGAGCGCAGAGAGGUUAAGGAGUUCAGAAGCGGGAAAGAGACACGUAUUGUCUACAAACUCCUCGAUGGUAUAGAGCUGUGCCUGCGGACGUGGUGUUGA